AUGGUGACCCCCAAGCACCGGCUUUGGCUCUCCGUCUUCGACCUUGUCCAGAGCAGGACCCACACUCCCCUGAUUUACUUGUACCGCGCCUGUUCUGGCUCGGCCGCCUUCUCGCCGGACAUCCUGAAGGCAGCUCUGUCCAAGGCGCUUGUUCCCUUCUAUCCCCUCGCUGGCCGCCUCGGAUCGGACAGCACUGGCCGCCCCGACAUCCACUGCACCGGCGACGGGGUACUCUUCGUCACCGCCCGCGCGGACGCCGCCCUCGACAAGCUGGACAACGCUUCCCCAUCGGAUGAGCUGCGGCGGUUGCUUGUCCCGUCGGCCGAGGGCGGCGACCACACCGGCGCCUUGUUCAUGUUCCAGGUGACGCCUAUCGCCGUGCAUCAUUCCCUUUCGGUGUCGCCAUUGCUCGCAACGCUGACGUCCGUCCUAGUCGUCGACCGCACAGCUGCCAUCGCGAGGGGCGACGCCGAGGCGGCCACAUCGCUGAAGCCGCCAUACCUCGACCGCACGCUGCUCCGCGGACGUUCGCCGCCGGCCGUGCGCUUCCAGCACUCCGGGUACCCCCGGAGUGGUAGCGUACCGUCCAAGACCAAGUCGCCAUUCGACGCUGCCGUCUUUCCCGUUUCCAAGAACCAAAUCCUCGCGCUCAAAGGCGCCGCCGGCGCCAGCGCCGGCAAGAAGGUCUCCACCUACAGUGCUAUGGUGGCGCAUGUGUGGCGGUGCUCGUGCAAGGCGAAGGGCCUCAGUGGAACGGUGGACUCCCGGGUGUACGCCACGGCUAGCGUGCGCUCGCGCGUCCGGCCCCCUCUCCCGGUGGGCUACCUCGGCAACGCCAUCGCCCGCACAAGGGCGACGGUCACCAAGGUGAAGGACAUCGUCUCCAGCCCACUCGGCACCGUCGCCGACACGGUCUCCGCCGCCGUUGCUCCGUUGAGCGACGAGUACAUACGGUCGCUGGCGGACUACCUGGAGCAAGCCAUGAGCGACGGGCGGGGAGUUCACCUAGGCCAGUGGGCCAUCUCGGACACUGACUUGCUUGUCGUCAGCUGGAUCGGGCUGCCCAUCUACGACGUGGAUUUCGGCUGGGGCCGGCCGUCGUUCGUGAGCCGGGCACUCCUCGACCAGAGCAACCUCCUUUACCUUGUGUCUAGCCCAGACGACGAUGGCCGACUCAACGUCACCGUUUCUAUGGAGCCACAGGCACUGUCCAGGUUCAAGAAGCUGUUCUACGAGGGGCUCAAUUAUUAUUCCCAGCUUUCACAAAUAGAUUCUGCUCAAGCGCGUGUGGUUAAACAUGCAAAACUUUAA